GUGCGUUGAUCUUAUCCAAUAGAACAUUAUCAUGUCACCAAAUUUUGGAUAUCAAGAGUAGCAUCGGACUACCAUGGAUUCAUCUACUGAAUCGUUUCAUCACCACAAGAAGAUUCUUCAUUCAAAGCGUUCGUUUGCAAAGCAUCACCCAUCGAUGGAUUCUCCCACUUAUGACGCGUCAGAAGAAGACAAUGACCCUCUCACUGAUGACGGAGGCUCCACCAUUCCUCUUCCACCCCUCUCUCGUUCCGCCAAGCACCCAUUUCAACUAAAGGCAGCAUCUCGUGCACGUCAUCAGUUAGCCUCCAGCAUGCUCUCGGACGAUGGCACUGACUCCCAAACAUAUGACGGUGAUGUAGAGAGCAGCGUCACGGCAAGCGCCAGUUCGCAUCCCUUCAACAAGACAUCGCUGCAUCCUACCCUUCACCAUUCUUCAUCUGCAUCAACAUUAACCUCUCAGAUCGAUGAUGUGUUACCGUCUACUUCAACUUCGAAACCCACUGCCCUUGCGCCCGAUGAGCCAAUGCCUACUGCCGGAGCAAUGUCUACCUUCAAUCCUGCUGCCCUCACUCCCGACGAUAUCCAAGCUUUUGUACGCAAGGCGAUGGAGGGCCAGUCCUCUCGGUCCUACAACAUUAACCAGCCACCACUAAAUCGGCCUGUUAGAGUUUUUGCGGAUGGAGUAUAUGAUCUAUUUCACUUUGGUCAUGCUCUGCAGUUACGUCAAGCCAAGCUGUCGUUUCCAUCUGUGCAUUUACUUGUUGGUGUUAAUUCUGACGAGGAUGUCAUCAUUAAUAAAGCACGCUGUGUGAUGACGCAUGCUGAGCGAUGUGAGGCUGUGAGACACUGCCGCUGGGUUGACGAGAUCAUUCCUGACUCCCCAUGGGUUCUCGACCAAGCUUUUAUUGAAAAGUGGAAUAUCGACUACGUUGCGCACGACGAACUCCCGUAUGUGGCAGAGGGUCAUGAUGACGUGUAUGCAUUUGUAAAGACCCAAGGUAAAUUCAUUCCCACACGGCGUACACCGGGUGUGUCUACUUCCGAACUCCUCGAACGCAUUGUGUCAGGAUAUCGGAAGCGCGAUUUCGAUAAGAAGUUGGAAAAGAUGGGUCAUGCUGAACUCAAAGCGGAGGGGUCAGACUUCGACGAGAUGAGCAGCCGAAGCGUGAGCCGGUGCGUAAGUGCGCAGACAAGCCCGAAGUUGAAGCCGACUAGAUUAGUCUAAGGUUUGUUCACCCGAUUUCGGCCUUUAUAAGUAGACUUUGUAUAACGUACAUUGUUGCACUCAUGUGUCAUACUACUUCCGCAUGUAUCCCAAGAUUCCCAACUCGCUU